AUGACCCAUGUUGUUCCAGCCAUCUGUGAAGCUGAGGUAGAGCUGCCACCUGUAUCCACCACACUGAUCUGGCAAUAUGGGGGAUGCCACUACAAGGCCAAGAGAUGGUCGGAAGCCGCCGAAUGGUAUAUUGCUGGCAGCCACCAACUGUUCGGAAGUCACGGUUUGUUAAGCAGCUCGAAGUGUUUCUGGAAGGCGGCACUCUGCUAUAUUGAAAAGAGAGAGUACGCCCAGGAAUCCACGGUCAUCCACCAUUGCCCCACCAAUGAAGUGACAACCCAUUAUGUCAUUUUUCUUACUGCUGUUCAUCAAGCGAUUCAAGCCAUAAAUGAUAUGCAGAAAGCUCCGGACUUUGACUGCAAAAUGUUAAUGCUAGCCACGCAUAUUUCUCAUCAGUCCGAGAUGCGAACCGUACUGCUUUCAGUGCUGGAAGGCCUGCUAAAGACGCUGAAGAUGGGGUCCAGUGGAGAUGUGGUAGUUCAAGCGAUGACAUUGAUUCGGUGCAUCGUCAAACUCAUCCUUCAGCCAGCUCCUAGUUGA